CAAAGACGACCGUUCCGUUGCUCGCCAAGUCAAGACCACGGGACCUUCCCCAGUUUCUAUUUGCGAACUCGCCCUUCAGCAUCACUGCCGCUUGCAGUCGUCGACACAAUGGCCAUCAGUCCGCAGAUCACCAACCUGAUGAUCAUACUUGGUAUGAUGCAGGUCACCAAGAGGAUUCCCUUCGAAGACGAGAACGUGCUCAACAUUGUGCGCGCCAUCUACAUCGCCAGCAAUGUCCUCAUCGCCGCUCUCUACUUCUACAUCCAGGUCCAGAUCAACAAGAAGAAGGACAUGACCACUCUCAAGUACGUUGAGCCCGCACCCAUGGGCUCCUCCGAGGAGGGCAAGCUCGUCACCACCACGAUCCACGCCUACGACCUCAACCAGCUCCGCCAGGCCUGGCGCGGCCAGCUGAUGGGCAUCGCCAUGAUGUCCUUCAUGCACCUGUACAUGAAGUACACCAACCCCCUGGUCAUCCAGAGCAUCAUCCCCGUCAAGUCUGUCCUCGAGAGCAACCUCGCCAAGAUCCACAUCUACGGCCAGCCCGCCUCUGGCGAUCUCAAGCGACCCUUCAAGCAGGCCCAGGGCUUCAUGAGCGCCAUGCAGGGUGCCAACGGCUCCGUCCAGAGCGACAAGAAGGCCGUCGAGGCUGCCGAGAAGGCCGGCCGUGGCGGUGCCAAGGAGGAGUAAAAGAAU